AUGAUGAAGCAGAACGACUUAUCGCAGAUGGACCUGACUGCUGAAUACAGCAGACACUUCUUCCGCCGCGGCGCUCACCUAGAUCUACGGAAGAUACUGGAAGACUUGCCAUGCUCUGUUCGCUAUCUUCAUCUGUAUUGUGUCAGUCUGGAUCACAGCGGACCUCUCAAAAAUGGAACAGUACAUAUCGAAAUACCACACACAAGCGAGCUACGUUAUAUACACAUUUUCACUUGCACCUUUCUGGACCGCCCCGAUAUUCGGAGCUUCAAUCUCAGCACGUCAAAAGAUCUAAAGUUGGACGUCUAUUUCGAAACGCUGCCCUCGAGUCUUGUUUGCCCCGCUCAUGAUGGUCAAGAUAUAAGUACCUCGCGAGGUAGUCCCAAGUUCGAUACUUACGCGCCGAAAAUAAACAGGGUAUCUUCUGUGUCAUUGAAAGAAGACUUGGAGGAUCAGUUCCAAAGUCAGCUGGAAGCAGCUCAGUCGACAAAAGAGACUCAGGACAUGCUCGGAUUCCGGAUUAGGAGUUCACUUGAACAUGUGACCUUCGGACCACUAGUAAAAAUAGCUGACGGAGAGUUUGCAGAUUCAGGACUUUUGACCGUUCCAGAUGGCCCAGCGCUCUUCGAUACAACUCGCGCCUUAGGAAACCUUCCACUUUUACUCAAUCAUGUUUUUGCUCUAGCAUGCAGCCAUGUGUUUCAAGGGCUUAGUGCCUCGGAUACUGAGGACAAAGAGCAUGCAGAGAGAAAGGCAAUGGCCUAUCUUUCGUACAUUUGCCGUUGCACUAGAUCCCGACCAGAGUAUUCAGCCUUGAAACAGGAUGCUAGUACGUUACUGCAGCGCUUAGAGCUACCGCGACGGUACCCGGGGCCAUUUUCAAUAGAUGCAGUCGUUGGGGAGUAUAUCGUUCCUCUCGAAAGUCCCUCCAAGUAUGAAAGGUACCUCAAGGAAGCCAUCACAAGCUGUAGUAAUGUCCAGCAGUCGAUUGACAGCUUGAGAUACGCAACCGAUAUGACUCAAGAAUUGAAGAAAGACAACGCUAAGGCAUUGGACGCUCUAUCAACGCUUGCCCUCGGGACUGUACCGGAUGAUCAGUACUACAAAGCCAUGAUCAAGAGUUGCGAGGUAGUGGCAAAAUGCAAAAGUUUCAUGUUGGAAAGGCAUGACAAUCUCAAAUCUACCCUGGUUACGUUCAAAAACAACAUUGACCUCUAUAAGAAGAAAAAGAAGAAGGAGCUAGAAAUGGCCAUUUGGAUGGGCGUAGGCGAGAUUGCCUGGGCAGUUUUCCUCGCCCUGUGUAAGGCCGCGCAGCAAGUGGACCUGGCCGGCUUAUCAGGCGAGGCACAAGAUCAGAGCUCCGAGGCGAAUAGCGAACAGCCUGAAGCUCCAGCGCCGAAGGUCCAAAAGUCCCCAGUCAAGAGCGACAAAGCUGCAACACCUGAAAAGCCUGGAAGCAAGGCAAGCGAUAAGGCAAAGGAUAUUGGAAAAGCGGCCUUGAGCGCGGGGAAUAAGAUCUUCAAGGCAUGGAAAGUAUAUGACAGUAACAUGGCCAUUAAACACGAAGCAGAGAAGGUCCGACGCCAGUCCAUCGACGAGAGUCUUUCUGCUGCUGCCAGAACUGCGUCUGAGAUCAUAACAGCCUCGUCUCCGCCCUUUGACUACUUCGGACUUUUGUCAGAUUUGCAAGAGAUUACUGUUCAAGUGGACGAGAUGUUCAACGUGCUCAAAUUCAAGCUAGGCUCCGAUACUAUCGAUGGACUCGAAGAGUAUCAAUCCGCCCUCAAGAAAAUGAUGAUCCGCGGCAAAACUCUCAUCGAAGCCCAACGUCAAAUGCAGCUGGACAUGGAUGCCUAUCUCGGCGCCGUUGCUGAGAAUGCUCUGAGGUCCAAGCGCAAAGCAGAUAUCGAGAGAGCAGCAAAGGAAAUUGCGAGCGAUACUCUUCCGACUCACAACCAUAUCGGCGCCCUGAACAGAAGCUUGGUUGUCCUGAAGCGAGUGGUAGUCCUGCGGCUACAUCAAUACUUGUUGAGGCUCAGGUAUCUCUCUUCGCGCUAUAGUGAUAUCAGCGUUAGCGCAUCACCUGAGAUGUCUGUCGACAACCUUGAAGCCGCCGCACGCAAUUUGGUAUCGCAAAUUGACAGUCUAAGCUACGGUGCUCACAACAAUCAAACGGUUCCUCGAAUCGAGUUUAGCAUGAAGAAUGAUGAAGACUACAAUAUCUUUGUUCCGGAGUGGAAGACAUCGCUGAAAGAAAACAGCGAGAUCCCUUUUCUGAUCUCAUACAAGCAUCCCUCGGGAUAUGGAUACUAUGAUCUACGAAUUGACAGAAUCAGCGCGCAGUUUCUCAAAAAAGACGGACAAGCUUUCACCAACGUCAAAUAUGAUAUCUCACUUGGGCCGAUUAUGGUCGAUCGGGAUCCAGAUGAUAGACUGCACCAAUACUGCGCUGACGAAUUCCGUAUCAAGAAGACUGACGAUCAGGGAGAUUGGACAUCUGCUUCGCAAACCGACAGUGAUGCUAAAAUACUUCCUGCGCUGUUUACAUCCGGUAUCAUUGAUCUAAGCCAUACAAACCUGCGCAGCAAUGAACUCAGCGAGGUUGCCGAGGUGAAGCUUGUUGUCUUUGCUCGCGGAACGCCAUUGAAAGGGUUCUAA